AUGAAGAUGCCUCGGGGGAAAUGGCUGUGCGUGACGUGCGCUGCACGGACCCCGACGAAGAAGAAGUCCAGCAAGAAGAAAACCGCGUCUCCGGCGUGUAAUAAUAAUAAUAGUGAUAAUGGUGGUGGUGCAUCGGCGACUGGAGCAGCGUCUGGCACAUCGUCGGCCGCCGGCGCUGUUGGUGGCACUGCCAACACCGCCGCUGCAAACUGCGUCGCUGGUGGGACGUCGUCAGCCUUUCCGCCCGUCAACGACUCUAUCUACACGUUUUCGGAGAACUCGCCGAAGAGUUUAUCGGGGGACGACGCGACGGACGCCAAACCGAGCUCCAAGAGCCGGUCUUCGGCGUCCGGGGCGGCGGGGGGUCGGUCGAGUAAAAAGAUGCACAAGAAGGAGAAGGAAAUGUUGGUGAGGGAAUUGGCGCCUUGUCGAACGGUGCUCGACGAGCUGGAAGUGCACGAGGACUCGUGGCCCUUUCUUGUCCCGGUCAACACGAAGCAGUUCCCUACGUACAAAAAGAUCAUCAAAAAUCCCAUGGACUUGCAAACGAUCCGGAAGCGUCUGGAUUCCACAUCCAAGGAUCAAACCAGUGCCAAGAAGAUGAAUUGCAGAAAAUUGUAA